CUCAGAUCACGUGCGCACAUCACAUGACCUACCUCGUCAGAGCUUGUCAGAAACGACCCGAAGAGCCACAGCUAGCCUCUGGUAGCACGCUAGCAGCUGUUCAGUUUUGGGGAUAAUAGCGUCGCUGUGAGGCAGCCAACCAGGCACAAAGGGCAGGUUCUAUGACAUACGACCAUCAACCCCGAUCAGAGGAUGUACCCGCCUUCCAGAAAGGACUUCAUCUCUCUGACACUCAGUGACCCACACAGUCAGAACUACAACAAUGGCAAACACCGAAGGCAGUCCUGCUGGAGAAAAUGGAAGCAGCUGUCUCGGCUCCAGCGAAGCCUCAUCCUGUUCCUGCUGGCUCUGCUGCUCAUAUUGGGACUGCUCUCCUACAGCAGCAUCACAGAACAUUGGAGAGGUUUGUCUGACCAGGAGGACUGGCUGGAGUUGAAUGACAGAGAAUUAAAGGCCAUUCCUCCAGGUGUGAAGCCAGUGUUGGGUCAGGCUGCAGGUAAAGCUCCAGAUCCGGUGGGGGGACCUCAUUUGCAGCUAACUGUUGUUCCAGAUGCUGCAGGAGAAGCCAGAGGACCAAAUAUCCCCAUAUUGGUUAAGCCUCCAGUUAAGAAAAAGAUAUUUGCAAACAAAAGAGGUCCACCAAGCCUACAGAGAGAUGCAAAUGUUUCAGACACGGUCGGCAGGGAGAAGCAAGAGCAGGUGGUUCAAGAGGACGAAGGUGAAGAGGAGGAAAAACAAAAGAAGAUUGUCAGCUGGAGAGGAGCAAUGAUUGAAGCUGACCAGGCUACAGAACCUCCACCCUCAGCCAAUGAGAAAGAGGCAGCAGUGCCCCCAGCACCUGCCAACCCAGCUGGCACUGUCCCACUAGAAGUUUCACCUGAAACUAGAGUGCGACUGGAGGCAGUGUGCGAUGCCUUCAGACAUGCUUGGAAAGGCUACAAGGACUACGCCUGGGGUCACGAUGAACUCAAGCCCAUCUCCAAAUCUUUUGGUGAAUGGUUUGGACUGGGUCUGACGCUGAUUGAUGCUUUGGACACCAUGUGGAUUAUGGGCCUAAAAGAAGAAUUUGCAGAAGCAAAGACCUGGGUGGAGAAAGAUCUGUCCUUUAACAAGAAUGUGGAUGUGAAUUUAUUUGAAACAACCAUACGUAUCCUGGGGGGGCUGCUGAGCACUUACCAUCUAACAGGAGACCAGCUUUUCUUGGAAAAAGCUAAAGACAUUGGCUCCAGAUUGAUGCCUGCCUUCAAAACACCUUCAAAGAUUCCCUUCUCAGAUGUCAACAUUGGAAAGGGAACAGCACAUCCUCCCAGAUGGACAUCAGACAGUACGCUCGCUGAAGUCACAAGCAUUCAGCUGGAAUUCAGAGAGCUGAGCCGCCUCACUCAGGACCCACAGUAUCAGGAGGCUGUGAAUGAGGUAAUGACGCUGGUCCACAAACUGCCCGGCAAACAUGACGGACUGGUGCCCAUGUUCAUCAAUACCAACAACGGCCAGUUCACCCACAAAGGAGUCUUCACACUUGGUGCCCGGGCAGACAGCUACUAUGAAUACCUGCUCAAACAGUGGAUUCAGGGAGGCAAAACAGAAGACAAUCUGUUGGAGGACUACCUUGAGGCCAUAGAGGGAGUGAAAAAACACCUGGUGAGACAGACGGGACCCAGCAAGUUGACCUUUGUCGGAGAGUUGUCCCACAACCGCUUCAAUCCUAAGAUGGAUCACCUGGUAUGUUUCCUGCCAGGGACUCUUGCUCUUGGGGCCCACAACGGCCUCCCAGGGGAUCAUAUGGAUCUGGCUGUGCAGCUGAUGGAGACCUGUCACCAGAUGUACAAGCAGAUGGAGACUGGACUGAGCCCAGAGAUCGCACACUUCAGCCUGCAGGCCAGUGAUGGGAGUGAUGUUAUUGUGAAGCCUGCAGACAGACACAACCUGCUGAGACCAGAAACUGUGGAAAGUCUCUUCUACAUGUACAGAUUCACCAAAGAUGCCAAGUACAGAGACUGGGGAUGGGACAUGCUGCAGAGUUUCAAUAAGUACACAAAGGUCUCUGGUGGUGGCUACACAUCCAUUAACAACGUCCGCGACCCACUUAGCACCGGGCCCCGGGACAAGAUGGAGAGUUUCUUCUUGGGAGAGACAUUGAAGUACUUCUAUCUGCUCUUCUCUGAUGACAUGGAGCUUCUCAGUCUAGACAAGUAUGUCUUUAACACAGAAGCUCAUCCUCUCCCCAUAUGGCCCUCUCCACCUAAGUGAAUACACUGGAGACAUCAGUGAAAAUCAGGCCCGUGGAGUCAGGUGCAUCUCUAAGUCUCCGUCCAAGCUGAACUGCUGUGUGAAAGCAGAUCUGUGCUGUCUGCCUGAUAUGUAAAGGAGUUUAAUUUGUUUUGGGGGGUUUUGUUAUUUUUUCCUAAGGAAAAGGUUAGUGACAGAGCUGGUCUCUAAUGUAAAAAAAACAACAACAACUUUUUAAAACUCAGAUCAAGCUACUGGGAACACUUUUAUUUAGUACUUGGGUGACUGAGAAUCUUCUUGUUUGUUCAUUUUUGCUAUGUGAGUUCAAAAACUCUCAUUAGUCCUACAUGUUGAGGAGUCCUGGCUGUUUAGGUGUCUGUUGACUCUCAUGCUUGAAGGGCAGUGAUUGAAAUGUUUUGAGCACGUUCAGCUGAAUUUUAUAUUUAAACGUUUGGCUCUAGUGUGUGAGUGUGGUGUGACGCAUAGUUAUCUUUACACUGGCACUUAUUCACAUAUAAAAAUGACACAAGUCAAAAACCCCUCAGGAUUUUGUUACUCCGUGUGGCCCUAUACCCCUGUGUGUGGGAGCUAUGGGCUACUGCAGCACACAGGGGAUCAGUUCCAGGUCACAAGUCAGUGCCUAGCUGCAGAGGAAAUCAGAGCUUUCCUAAUACUGAACAUUUAUGUCUUUGAUUUAAAAAAAAGUCUUCAAGUAAAAUAAUAGGACAAAUACCGAUUUUUACACCCUCAUGCUGUGCAGCUUCCAGCUGUUGACCUCUGUUACUUUUCAUUGCUCUUUUUUGUUUUUUGUCUUCUUCUAUAUCACUUUUACACUUUUUAGCUGUGAUUUACAUGAUUCUGCAAAAUAAAGAGUUAAAUGAAUUAAA